CUUGUUCAUUUUACAAACUACUUCUCUUGAAGCUAUAUAAGUGUCAUCGUGUUCUCAAAAUGCAUGUAUAUGGCCAUAUAUAUUCUUGCAACUAUUCAGCAAAAUGCCGCAGCCUGCAGGCGACGGAGCUUUUAGAGAGAAUGAGUAGAGCAAAUCCGGUGGUGAUAUUCAGUAGGAGCACGUGCUUUAUGUGCCAUGCUGCCAAGCGGCUCUUCUGCAGCAUGGGCGUAAAUCCAAGGGUCUACGAGCUUGAUGAAUAUCCGGGGGGAAAGGAUCUGGAGAGGGUUUUGUUGGAGUUGGUGGGAGGAGGUGGGGACGCAGUGCCAGUGCCAGUGGUUUUUAUAGGGGGCAAGCUGGUGGGCGGAAUGGAUAGAGUGAUGGGUUCUCAUAUCAGUGGCACCCUUGUUCCGCUGCUCAAAGAGGCUGGUGCACUUUGGCUUUGA